ACCUUUUCGAAAUUCGUUGCACACAUUUGUGGGAUUGCCACCAACCCGCGAUUCGGCAGUGAUCUAGGGUCAUAGUUGAUUCCGUCCAUCUGACCCCGUUGAGUCACAACGGAGUUAUCUCUAAUUGAAAGAAAAAAGGACAUUACUCCGUAUUGCCAUUCCUAGGCAGCGGUUUGCUUUUGCUCACUCGCUCUCGAUCCGAGACCCCGCCACCAAAACCGCUACUACCUUACCAGGUAAUAUUCGAAGUCCACAACCCACUUUAUCGACGAGGGGGUGGCCCAAGAGGAGAAACGACCGAACGACCCCGAUUUCUUUCCCUCUCUUUCUUUUUCGCUUCGCAAACCUGCUGCCCUUACCUUCUUUUUAUUCUCUUUUACUCUCCAUCCCUCCCGCCCGUUCGAACGUAGCAGAUCCGUAGAUCUCCUUGUCGUAACACACACACGCAACACGCAACAAUGGCGCCCAAGAAGAAGGGAAACAAGAAGGGCAACGACGACUGGGAGGCCGAGCUCGGCGAGUCCAUCGCCCCCCAGGACGCAGCGCCCGCUGCUGCUGCAGAUGCCCCCGCGGCGGAGGAUGAGGGGCUGGGCGGCGGCUUGAUGGCCUCGCUGCAGCGACGGAACAAGAAGAAGAACAAGAAGGGCGGCGAUCAGGACUUCGUGGAGGGCGAGGACCCCACGGCCGCCGCCGCUGGCGAUGCUCCUUCGGGGGGAUUCGCUGAUAAGGCGCCUGUGGAGGCGAGUUUCGAUGACGAUGACGAGGAUGUGUUUGCGGGGAAUUACGGGAAGAAGAAGGGGAAGGGCGCCGCGGAGAAGAAGGAGGUGGAGAAGCCUGAGGAGAAGACUGAUGAUGCGCCGAGGGUGAAGACCAAGGCGGAGAAGGAGAAGGAGAAGAAGGAGAAGGAAAAGCAGCGGAAGAAGGAGAUGGCUGCCAAAAAGAAGGCCAACGCCCCCGCAAAACAAGAAGCUGCGAAGCCCGCCGAGACCAAAGCUGCCGCUGCUGCUCCCUCUACACCCGCCCCCGAGCCUGCGGCCGCCGCAACAGGAGGAAAGAAGAAGAAGAUCAACCCUGCACUUGCUGCGCUACAGAAACAACAAGAAGAAAGGCGGAAGAGGGAGGAGGAGUUGGCCAGAUUGGAGGCCGAAGAGAAGGCCAGGACCGAGGAGGAAGAGAAGCUAGCAGCCGAGGAACUUAAGAAGAAAGAGGAGGCAAAGGCUCUGAAGAAGCAGAAGGAGAAGGAGAAGAUCGAGCAGCUGAAGAAGGAGGGUAAAUACAUGACCAAGGCACAGAAAGAAGCCAAGGCCAGGAAUGAGCUCCGAAUGAAGCAAAUGCUCGAAGCUGGUGGCGCAAAGGUCGCUGGUCUUGAGGAGCCGGCUGAGAAGAAGAAGCCCGUCUACGACGACCGCAAGAAGAAGAAGAGUAGGGCCGCUGAACUCAAGGAACAGCAGGAGGCUAGGGAGGCGGAAGAAGCUGCUAAGAAAUUGGAAGAGCUCAGAAUUGCCGAGGAGGAGGCUGCGGCCGCACAAAAGGCAAAGGAGGAGGCCGAAGCCAAGAAGGUCGAGGAGAGCGAAUCUGGAGAUGACUGGGAAAAGCAGGCCGAUGAAAUGGAUGGAGUCAAGGACAGCUGGGAUGCACCAUCUGACGAGGAAGAAGAGAAACCUGCGCCCGCAUCCGAACCCGCACCUAAAGCAGCAACAAAUGGCAAAGCGGCACCCAGCAAAUCCAAGGCUGUUGAGGAGUCCGAGUCUGAAUCCGAGUCGGACAGUGAGAGUGAGUCGGAGGAUGAGGAAGAGUCCGCUGCAAAGAGGGCAGAGGCUGCACGAAAGGCCGCCGCUGCUGAUCGACGUAAGAAGCAGCACGACGAGGCGCUUGCAGCGCGCUCAAAGGACAACCUUCGAUCGCCUAUUUGCUGUAUUCUUGGUCACGUCGAUACUGGUAAAACCAAGCUUUUGGACAAGAUUCGACAGACAAACGUUCAGGAAGGCGAAGCUGGUGGAAUUACUCAACAGAUUGGCGCUACGUAUUUCCCCAAGGAAGCGCUUCAGAAGAAGGUCGCAGUCGUCAACAAGGACGAUAGCUUCAACUUCAAUGUUCCUGGUCUCUUGAUCAUCGAUACGCCCGGUCACGAGUCUUUCACCAACCUACGCUCCAGAGGUUCAUCUCUUUGCAACAUCGCCAUUCUUGUCAUUGAUAUUAUGCACGGUCUCGAGCCCCAAACUAGGGAAUCCAUGAGACUUCUCCGAGAGAGGAAGACUCCUUUCAUUGUCGCUCUCAACAAGAUCGAUCGUCUCUUCGGCUGGUCAAGAAUUGACAACAACGGUUUCGAGGACAGUCUUGCCUUCCAGAAGAAGGCGGUACAGCAGGAGUUCCGAGACCGAUGGAACUUCGUCCACACUCAACUUCAAGAGGAGGGUUUCAACUCGGAGCUUUUCUACCAGAACAAGAACAUGGCACGAUACGUAUCCGUCUGCCCAACAUCCGCCCACACUGGCGAGGGUAUUCCCGACAUGUUGAAGCUCAUUGUCACGCUUACGCAAGAACGUAUGACCAACAACCUCAUGUACUUGUCCGAGGUUGAGUGUACAGUUUUGGAAGUGAAGGUCAUCGAGGGUCUCGGUACGACCAUCGAUGUUGUACUCUCCAACGGUGUCCUGCAUGAGGGUGACCGAGUCGUGCUUUGCGGUAAUCCAGAACCAAUUGCGACCAAUAUUCGAGCGUUGUUGACGCCGGCCGAAAUGAAGGAACUUCGUGUCAAGUCCACCUACGUCCACAACAAGGAGGUCAAGGCCGCCAUGGGUAUCAAGAUUGCUGCUGAUGGUCUCGAUACCGCUAUUGCCGGUUCACGAUUAUUGGUCGUUGGCAAGGACGAUGAUGAGGAAGAUCUCAUGGACGAUGUCAUGGGCGAUCUGGCACACUUGCUUAGCAGAGUCUCCACAACUGGUCGCGGUGUGUCCGUCCAGGCAUCAACCCUCGGUUCGCUCGAGGCUUUGCUCGAAUUCUUGCGCGUUUCCAAGAUUCCCGUCUCCACCAUUUCUAUUGGCCCAGUCUUCCGCAAGGACGUUCUGCGUGCCGGUGUUAUGUUGGAGAAGUCGCCGGAAUAUGCAGUCAUGCUUUGUUUCGAUGUCAAGGUCGACAAGGAAGCAAAGGCAUACGCUGACGAGAUUGGUGUCAAGAUCUUCGAAGCCGACAUCAUCUACCAUCUCUUCGACAAGUUCACUGCACACAUGAAAGCAUUGGAGGAGCAACGCAAGGAGGACAGUAAGAUGUUGGCUGUGUUCCCUUGCGUCCUCAGGCCAGUUGCCGUCUUCAACAAGAAAGAUCCCAUUGUUGUCGGUAUCGAUGUUGUCGAGGGUCAGCUCAAGAUGCUGACUCCCAUUGCGGCUGUAAAGAGGAACCCAGUGACCGGUGUUAAGGAAAUUAUCCAGCUCGGUAGAGUAACCUCCAUCGAACGUGACCACAAGCAGAUCCAGGUCUGCAAGAAGGGCCAGCCAUCCGUCGCCGUCAAGAUCGAAGGACCCAACCAACCUCUCUACGGCCGUCAUCUCGAAGAGAAGGACACCCUCUACUCCGCCAUCAGCAGAAAGAGUAUCGAUACGCUGAAGGAGUUCUUCAGGAACGACGUCACGCAGGACGAGUGGAAGUUGAUGGUGCAGCUCAAGAAGGAGUUUGACAUUAUGUAAAGUAUCGUGAACAAAUAUCAUCGGACAUUUCACACACACAAAUGCGGCGUGUUAGAUGGCCAACUUUCUUCUCGGGGAUACUUUUAUUGGUCCUUGUGGUUUCUUCCACACCUCUAUUAUUGUCUUGUUAACGAAUAAAAAGUGGCAAUUGUAAUGUUUCUUUCCCUUUCUUUCCUUUUUUUACUCAACCUAUUGUUCCUAGUACUUGAGGUUUUCAUACACUACUUAUCUGGCGUUGCUGUGUGUUUGCCACUGCAUCUCAAUUGCAUCAGAUGCGGCGUUUCUUCUCGGUCUCUCCCGUCCUGAAUAUAAAAUUAAAAAAUCAUUAAACCUACAC